GGCCGGGGGCGGGGACGCCGGGGUCCCGGAGCCCCGCGGCGAGCGAGCGGGCGGGCAGGCAGCGGCGCGGGCGGCUCGGGAAGGCGGACGGGGCCGAGCGGGCCGCGCUGCCCACCCAGUGCCAUGGCCCGGCGGGGCUAGGGCGCGGACGGGAGCACGCCCGGGGCGGCCCCGGCGGGUGGCGGCGGCGGCGGCGGGCCGGGCGGCGACCCGAGGGCCCCAUGCCCCGCGCGCGCUGACGGGCCGGAGCCCGCACGGAGCGGCCGGGCCGGACAGGUCCGCUAGAGCGACAUGAUGGUGGAAUCUGCCUCGGAGACAAUCAGGUCGGCCCCGGCCGGGCAGAACGGCGUGGGCAGCGUGGGCAGCCUGUCGGGGCCGGCAGACGGCGGCGGGGCGGCCACAGGAACCGCAGGGACAGUGGGGACAGCGGCAGGCGCCAGCAGGGAGGCUGCAGCGGCUAGCGCGGACAGCAACGGUGAGAUGAGCCCCGCGGAGCUGCUGCACUUCCAGCAGCAACAGGCUCUCCAGGUUGCCCGGCAGUUUCUGCUGCAGCAGGCCUCUGGCCUGAGCUCAUCCCCCGGGAACAGUGACAGCAAGCAGUCCGCCUCCGCCGUGCAGGUGCCCGUGUCGGUGGCCAUGAUGUCGCCGCAGAUGCUGACCCCCCAGCAGAUGCAGCAGAUCCUGUCGCCACCCCAGCUGCAGGCGCUGCUCCAGCAGCAGCAGGCCCUCAUGCUGCAGCAGCUGCAGGAAUAUUACAAGAAGCAGCAGGAGCAGCUUCACCUCCAGCUCCUCACCCAGCAGCAGGCGGGCAAGCAGCCGCCCAAAGAGGCGCUGGGCAGCAAGCAGCUGGCCUUCCAGCAGCAGCUCCUGCAGAUGCAACAGUUGCAGCAGCAGCACCUGCUCGGCCUGCAGCGACAGGGCCUGGUCAGCCUGCAGCCCGGCCAGGCCUCGGGGCCCCUGCAGACCCUCCCGCAAGCAGCCGUGUGCCCCACAGACCUGCCCCAGCUGUGGAAGGGUGAGGGCGCCCCGGGGCAGCCUGCCGAGGACAGCGUCAAACAGGAGGGGCUGGACCUCACCGGCACGGCCACCACCGCUACCUCGUUCGCCGCCCCCCCGAAAGUCUCCCCCACCCUCUCUCACCACACCCUGCCCAACGGACAGCCCACUGUGCUCACAGCGCGGAGAGACAGCUCUUCCCAUGAGGAAACCCCCGGCUCCCACCCCCUCUACGGACACGGAGAGUGCAAGUGGCCGGGCUGCGAGACCCUGUGUGAGGACCUGGGCCAGUUUAUCAAACACCUCAACACGGAGCAUGCCCUGGACGACCGGAGCACGGCCCAGUGCCGGGUGCAGAUGCAGGUGGUCCAGCAGCUGGAGAUCCAGCUGGCCAAGGAGAGCGAGCGGCUGCAGGCCAUGAUGGCCCACCUGCACAUGCGGCCCUCCGAGCCCAAGCCCUUCAGCCAGCCGGCGACCAUCUCUGCAGCAGACUCUUUCCCAGACGGCCUGGUGCACCCCCCCACCUCGGCCGCUGCCCCUGUCACCCCCCUCCGGCCUCCGGGCCUCGGCUCUGCCUCCCUGCAUAGCGGGGGGCCUGCCCGGCGAAGGAGCAACGACAAGUUCUGCUCCCCCAUCUCCUCAGAGCUGGCCCAGAAUCACGAGUUCUACAAGAAUGCCGACGUCAGGCCCCCCUUCACCUACGCCUCCCUCAUCCGCCAGGCCAUCCUGGAGACCCCCGACCGGCAGCUGACCCUGAAUGAGAUCUACAACUGGUUCACCAGGAUGUUCGCCUACUUCCGGAGAAACACUGCCACCUGGAAGAAUGCCGUGCGGCACAACCUCAGCCUGCACAAGUGCUUCGUGCGCGUGGAGAACGUCAAGGGCGCCGUGUGGACGGUGGACGAGCGGGAGUACCAGAAGCGGAGGCCCCCGAAGAUGACGGGGAGCCCCACCUUGGUGAAGAACAUGAUCUCGGGCCUCAGUUACGGAGCACUUAAUGCCAGCUACCAGGCCGCGCUGGCGGAGAGCAGCUUCCCCCUCCUCAGCAGCCCCAGCGUCCUGACCCCUGGCUCGGCCGGCAGCCUCCUGCCCCUGGGCCACGAGGAUAUGGGCGCCUCCGGGGAGCCACUGCCCAGCAACGGCAGCAGCCCCCCGCCCCGCCUCUCCCCACCCCAAUACAGCCACCAGGUGCAGGUGAAGGAGGAGCCUGCAGAGGCGGAGGAGGACAGGCGGCCCGGGCCCCCGCUUGGCGCCCCCGGCUCUAGCAGCGGGGGCCCUCCCGAGGACGGCGAGCUGGAGGAGGAGCAGCCAGGGGAGGAACUGUCCUAAGGGCCUCUGGGGGCCGGCCGGGGUGAGACCCCGCCUCCCGGCCCUCGGGAGCCCCGCUCCCCCCACUCCACAGCCCUGCCCAAACCUCAAGGCACUUCCAGGACUCAGAUGGGGGCGCUGGGCAGCACCCCCAGUGUGGCCUGACUGACAGACGCAGGGGGCGGGCCCGUCCCGCCUCCCCAGGGGACACAGCCCCUGGUCUGGGACCAGAGAGGACACGGAGGGCCCAGGCCCCUACUCAGACCCGCCUCUGCAUCGGAAAGCGCACCCCCGCCCCGACCACCAGCAGCCGCCGCAGGGUCCCCCCCCCCCCCCGCCCCGAGCGCCCCCGCCCCCCAGUUCUGCUCCUCUCCGCCCGCCCUCCUUUCCGUACUGUGAAGAAGCGACUGCGCCCUCCCAGAGGGGUGCCCCUAGGACUCUCUAAGCGGGGAGCCCCCAGCCUCCCAGAGGGGUGUCCCCCAGAGGAGCCCUGGCAGGGGGCGGGCCGUGGCCGCCCUCCUCCAAUCACGGGCCUCACCUGCUAGCCCCGCCCAGGGUGGGGCGGGGCGGGCUCGAGGUGGAGGUGGGGCCGCUGCAGGGGCCUCGAGGGGUACGGAAGGCGUCCCCAGGGUGGCCGCUCUGACCGGUAGACCUGCUCUUGCCCCCAGCCUGCGGGCCCCUGGCCCCUCCCUCGACGCCCCUCCCCGUCACCCCAGUUCAACGGAUGACCAAAGACCUUUCUUAUGCCGGAAGCAAAAACCAAAACUUUUUGUUGGCUUUUUCCUUUGUCGCCUCCCAGCCCUCUGCUCCGUCCCCAGCUCCGCCCGGGCCCAGGCUGGCAGCCCUCCCCCCCACUUAAGUUAUUGUUUUAAACCAAAGUUUACAGUGUCUGUUGGUGGCCAAGACCCUCCCCUCUCUGCACCCCACCCGAGGACGCCCCCGGGGGCGUCGCUCCCCUCUCCUCGGCUCCUACCCAGACAGGGGGAGGGCAGCGCGCAGACGAGGGGGAGCGGCAGCACCCCGGGGGGCAUGGGGGCCAGAGCGCUGCUGCCCACCCUGGCUGCUUCCUGGGGGCGCGCCCAGACCCCCUUCCUAGGACCAAGUCCCCCAUCGUGCUGGGAAUGUGGCUUUCAGAGAAGGAACCGGAGGUGGGGGGAAAGAGGCUCCACAGACCCCCUAUGGGGGACCCCGACUCAAGGCCAAGGACUGGGAGUGUGGUGUGCUCACGACGCCCCAGGUCAGGCCCUUUGCUGAGAAGACCCCUUGGACGACUUCCCAAAAGACCCCCACGUACACGCCCUUCACAAGUCACCCCUCUCGAGAGGCGGGGGCCCUCCGCCUUCCCCAUGUACUCCCCACCUGUGUUCCAGUUUGACCAGCACAGAAAUAUUAAAAGUCCUCUACUCACCGGG